AGGUGUGACAAUGUGUGAAAAGAAGGCGUGGUAUGGUAUAGCAGUAUCAUCAUGUCGUCUGCAGAGUUACCGGAUCUUAGGACAAGGGAAGAGAUUCAUGGUUACCUGAAGGACCUGUCGAGCCAGCUAGGCCUCUCAUUGUCUGAUCCUCAGUUUGCUGUAGCUCUUGACUCACGGGAUCAGUUGAAAAAAUUAAGAGAAGAGUUUAACAUACCAAAAAUUGGAGAGCUACUGGAAGGAAGAGCAAAAGCUGAUGGCCUUGAUUUGUCUGCUGAGUGUAUUUAUUUGGUUGGAAACUCGUUAGGACUACAACCAAAAAAUGCCAAAGAACUUCUAUCUAUUGAAAUGGAUAAAUGGGGGAAAAAAGGAUUGUAUGGUCAUAUGGAUGGGACCUACGACUGGUACUCAAUAGAUGAUUUUGUUAAAGAUGAAAAUGCAAGGAUUGUUGGAGCGAAACCCAUUGAAACAGUAGUUAUGAAUACAUUAUCAGUGAACUGUCAUCUAGCUAUGGUAUCGUUCUAUUCCCCAACUCCUCAACGCUAUAAGAUCCUUAUGGAGAAAGAUGCUUUUCCUUCUGAUCAUUUUGUGGUAGAGUCACAACUUAACUUCCAUGGCUAUGAUCCAAAAGAGGCAGCAAUAUAUAUUAAACCCAGAGAAGGUGAAUCCAUAUGGAGGAAUGAAGACAUACUGAAUGUGAUUGAAGAGCAUGGGGAAAGUAUAGCGCUAAUAUGGCUACCAGGAAUACAUUUUUCCACUGGGCAUGUUUUUGACAUGAAAUCAAUCACUGAGGCUGGACAUGCAAAAGGUUGCUAUGUAGGAUUUGAUUUAGCACAUGCUGCCGGAAAUAUUGAAAUGAGUCUACACGAAUGGGGCGUCGACGUGGCAGCCUGGUGCUCAUAUAAAUAUAUGAAUUCAGGGCCUGGUUGCCUGGCGGGUUUCUUUGUACAUGAAAAACAUGCAUAUGAUUUUGACAGACCAAGAUUUGUAGGCUGGUGGGCACAUAGCAGUGAUACUAGAAUGGACAUGAAGAGAAAGAUACAGCUGGCCCCUGGAGCCGAUGGUUUUAAAAUAUCAAAUCCGCCUACACUUUCUAUUAUGGGGAUGAUUGCUAGCAUGGAAAUAUUCAAGAAGACAUCAAUGGCUGAGUUAUGCAUAAAAUCACGCAUACUAACAGGAUAUCUUGAAUUACUGAUAGAAGAGAAUCUUAGCAGUCAUGUGACUAUAGUGACUUCAAGGAAUGUCAGCGAGAGAGGGUGUCAAUUAUCAGUCAAGUUCUCAUGUCCUCUCGAAGAUAUAACAAAAUUUGUGAAGGAGAGAGGAGUCAUGAUUGAUUGUCGUUCUCCCAUGAUGAGGAUAGCACCUGCUCCACUUUAUAACAGCUUCUCUGACAUUCAAGCAUUUUAUACAAUACUCUUGCAAGCUUUUGACACUUAAAUAAACAUCUCUAGACAUCACCUUGCACUGCUGGGCAGUCGAGAAAUUGUACUUUGUAAUCACAAUAAUAAUAAUUGCUAAUUAUUAGUUAUUAAUUUAAUACAUAAUGAGAGCUACAUAAUUAA